GAACAUCACUCUCAUUCAACGGCCCCGAUUCACUCCUCGGUUUUAGGUUCUUGUUUUAUUUAUCUCCCCCAACGUUCGACUUUUUCUUCUCCACCCUCUCACACAAAACGCUACUCUAGACUCUAGUAGUAGCAGAGUAGCAUCAUCGUCAUCAUCAAACCUUGGUGAAUCAAAAAGAAAAUUAGAAGGAAAAGAUGUUGUUGGGGAAGAGACCUCGUCCUCCAAUUAUGAAGAGAACAACAAGCAUGUCGGAAAUAACCUUCGAUCUGAACACGUCCUUGGACGAUGAUCCGAACAACUCCGUGAAGGGACCAGGAGGAGAUGGGCCUCCUGUUGGGCUCAACGGUUUAGAUCAGAACAGGGUUUGGGCCAUGGUUUCACCCAGAAACCACCAUAGAAGGCAAUAUUCCGAGGAUACCCCUGGCUUCUUGCGCGUUUGCUUUCUCUGCAAACGCUGUUUAGUACCCGGCCGUGACAUCUUCAUGUACAAAGGUGAUAGUGCUUUCUGCAGUUCAGAAUGCCGUGAACAGCAGAUGAAGCAUGAUGAGAGAAAAGAUAAGUGUCGUGUGGCAUCAUCAAAGAAACAAGUUGCGGCAAAGCCUAAUUCUGGGUCUCAAGUUACUACUAAUACUAAAGGCGAAACCGUGGUUGCCUUGUAGUUAAUUGUGGCAUCCAAACAAGGAUUGAUGAUGCAAUAUCAUUAUUAUUAUUCCUAUAUGCUCAUGCCCUUAGCUUAUUUAUGUUCAUAUACCUAGCCUUCUUCUAUCUCUUGGAUAUUUUUCAUUUUGUUCUGGCUUUGUAAUUUUUGUCAUGGCGCUUUUUGGAGAGUGGUUUUAUGCUUGUUAACGGGCAACAUGGGCAAGUAUUUUUGAAGCACGCUGUAGUGAUUUCCGUGGUAAUUUUUAACCGGAAACCUAAAAUAAAUGAAAAAGAGAAAAAUUGUAAUAAAUCCAUGGUCUGAUUUCUUUCUAUGGGGAAAA